UUGAAAAAAAUCAGAGCUUAACUAAUCCACAGUUGUUUGUUUGUUUACUAAAAAAUUAACUGUCAAACGAACUGUCAAAAAAUCGCACUUGUGGAUUUGUUUUUCUUUGAUUUUCCCCUAAAUUUAAAGGAUGGAAAUCGAGAGUGCCAGUUCAGCAUUGUUGUCCAAUCUCGAGGUUCUCGAAGCCCUCAAGCAAUACAAAAGUGCGAAAAAGAGUCCCGGACUUCGUAAUUUAGCUACAAUUUCGUAUGAGACGCUUCAGUAUUUGGAAAAUACGCCGGCAAAGACUCAAACAACCGAAAGUAUCAUCGAAUUUAUCAAAGCAACCAAAAUUUACAACCUCACAAAGUACGAAAUUAUGUGGAUGAUCAACGAUCCGCCAACUUCAGCGCUUCAACUGACCCUUCUGAUAGAAGAUAUCGACGACAGGCUCACGGAUGAUCAAACUAACGAAAUUUUACAACUAAGUCAAACUUAUUUAUUGCCUCUUGAGGCGUCGACAGAAGAGACAACGGCGUCACAAUGAAUAAAAUUUUAUUUUUUCGCA